AUGUCGUACGCCAACAUCGCGUCCAAGGGACCUAAGCAGUCCGAUGAGGAGAAAGUCCCUCACUCCAUCCCCCAAGUAGCGCACGACGACAACGACAUCGAUACCCCCGAUCACAUCACCGAGUCGGGCGUGCACGUUCUCGAUCCCUCCGGUGCCCACCAACCACAAUCCCACCCAUCCUACGCCGAGCAACAGCGCCAACACGAGCAAGAAGUGCAGGCCGCCGAACGCAAGGCAAAGAACGUCACCGAUCAGGUCUCGAGAGAAGCCAAGGAUUUCAAGGACUCCGCAGAUGCCGACGCACAGCGCUUGGCUGGCUCUGCGAAGAAGGACUUGAACAAGGGCGCUCAAGAUGCUAAGAACACCGCGAACCAAGUCGGCAAGGACGCGAAGGAUACCGCAAACCAGGUCAGCAAGGAUGUGAAGAGCACCGCCAACCAGGUCGGCAAGGAUGUAAAAGACACUGCCAACCAAGUGAGCAAGGACGCUAAGAACACCACGAACCAACUCGGCAAGGACGCAAAGGACACUGCCACUCAAGUCGGAAAGGACGUGCAGAACGCCGCCAACAAAGUCGGGAGCGAAGCGAAGAACGCCGCCAACGAGGUCGGAAGGGAAGCAAAGGAUGCUGUCGACUCAGCAGUCAGCAAAGACACAAAGGACGCCGCCAACCAGGUCGGCAAGGACGCCAAGAACCUCGCAAACAAGGUCUCCAAAGAUGCCAAGGAAGAUGCGAAGAAUCUCACCGACAAGGCCGAGAAGAAGUUCGACGAGGCGAAGAAGGAAGCCAAGCCGUAUGUUGACAAGGCUGAACGCAAGGGCAAGGAGGCCGAGGAGUGGGCGGAGAAGAACAAGGACAACCCCGUUGUGGUCGGAAAUGCAGUCGCUCUGACAGCGCUGGCUGGUGUGCUGUCGAUUGGUGCGUACCGCAUGCACAAGGCCAACACAUUGACGUGGAACGUGGUCGGUGCGUGGGCGGGUGCAUUGGGCGUGUUCGCCGUGGGCGAUUACUACGUCAGCCAGUAUUUCUUCCAGAGAUAUCCAACGAAGAACUUGGUGUAUCAGAAAUUCUACUCUUGCCUUUGCUACCACCAUCGGAUCUCAAUGCUCCCAAAUAGCGAAGAAGACGUUGGCAUUGCUAUUCAGGUCGACAAUCCGGCUACGGACGAUAUGCUGCGACCUGAGGAAAAGGCCCACCGGACGGCACGGAUACUGUCUUCAAUCGCGGCGACGAUGAUAGCAUUGAGCUGCGGCACAAACUACGGCUUCUCAGCAUGGGCACCUCAAUUCGCCGCUCGCCUACACCUCACCGCCACGGAGACGAACCUGAUAGGCAACUCAGGCAACAUUGGAAUGUACGCCAUGGGCAUUCCAGGCGGAAUCUUGAUCGACGCAAAGGGUCCUCGAUGGGGCGUCUUUCCUAGCUGUAUAUGCCUCGCAAUUGGGUACUUUGGUCUCAAGAGCGCGUACGAUAACGGGCCAGGAAGCGUCAGUCUGCCUGUACUGUGUUUCCUCAUGAUGCUCACGGGGUUGGGCAGUUGCACAGCGUUCAGUGCAGCGAUCAAGGUGAGCGCGAGUAACUGGCCACGACAUCGAGGUACGGCGACGGCGUUUCCGCUGAGUGCGUUUGGAUUGAGUGCAUUUUUCUACACGACUGUGGCGGCCAUCUUCUUUCCGGAUGAUACGAGUGGCUAUCUCUACCUGCUAUCGUUCGGUACGACGAGCAUGACAUUUGUGGGCAUGAUUUUCCUGAGCAUCGUAACGCAUCCUGAGGACGGUUUGGGAGGAUAUGGCGUGGUUCCCACGGACGACGACCUCGAUCAAUCCUCACUCAAACGCGACGAUGAUGAGUCCACCCGUCUGCACCGCACAACCUUCAACGGCCACGCUCGCGGCCGCAGCACGCAGAGCCGCGCCGCCAACAAUCUUCGCCCUGACUCUGCCGAAAACUCCUACCUUGUCCCAUCCACAUCAUCCUCUUCCACGACCGGGCCAGGCGACAUCCCACCAUCUCUACGCUCUCUCUCCACCCGCUCUCAUCAAUCUGCCAAAGAAAUCACUGGCAUAGCCCUCCUCACCACGGCCCGUUUCUGGCACCUCUUCGUCCUUCUCUCCCUCCUCUGCGGCGUCGGCCUAAUGACAAUCAACAACAUCGGCAACGUCGCCCGUUCCCUCUGGACCGCUUCGUUCCCCUCCCUAUCCACACCUGACUUCCUCCAGCAACGCCAGCUCAUGCACGUCUCCAUCCUCUCGUUCUGCUCUUUCCUCGGCCGCUUAGUCUCCGGCAUUGGCUCCGACGCUCUGAUUCAUCGUGGCAUGAGUCGCUACUGGAACGUCGUGCUGUCUGCCUGCGUCUUUAGCUUCGCACAAGUCGUCGCCCUCACCCUCACGGAUCCACACCACCUCUUCUGGCUAAGUGGGCUCACCGGCCUCGCCUACGGCAUCCUCUUCGGCGUCUACCCGGCCUUGGUAGCAGACGCAUUUGGUGCCAAGGGCAUGGGCAUCAAUUGGGGCGCUAUGACGUGGGCGCCGGUGAUUUCAGGCAAUCUGUUCAAUGUGGCGUAUGGACGGAUUUUGGACGCCCACAGUAAGAUAGGUGGCGAGGGCGGUGGAGAGAGGACAUGUAGUGAGGGGAGAGGAUGCUAUCGCGAUGCGUACUGGGUGACGUUGGCGAGUAGCGUUGUGGGCGUGGGUUGGUGUCUUUGGUGUAUACGGUUGGAAAGGCGGGCCACGGGAAGGGAUGGGAGGAAGGGGUCGGAGGCGUGA